CAAAUAUAGUUAUUCCUUAUACCAGGGAUCAAUUUGAAAUUCUUCAAAACAGUAAUGAGGAAUGGCAAAUAUCAUUAAGUAAUUACAGAGGACAAGUGUUAUACCAUUUACCAAAAAAUCUGUUGUUACAGUUUAUUUGUCAUCAUCCUGUUACCUGUUAUUUUUCCAAAAACUUACAGUUCAUCCCCCAUAUCCGAUGCUGCCUAGGUUUUUACUGACGGUUCCUCAAAUGGACCGGCUGUUACUAAUAUUGAUAAUCAGCCACAUGUACAAACCACAAAAGAAGUUUCUGCCCAGAAAGCAGAGUUAAUAUCAGUUCUGUUUGCCUUUUCUCAGCUUGUUGAUAGAAGCUUUAACCUCUAUACAGAUUCCUGCUAUAUUGUGAAAUUAUUCCUUCAUAUUGAAACAGCUGUAUUGCUAGUAAUAAAACCACCAUAUUUGAAUAUUUGAAACAAUUACAGAAUCUCAUACAUAAGUGAAGAACCCCAUUUUAUGUUGGCCACAUCAGAGCCCAUAGUAAACUACCUGGACCCCUUCAUGGAGGAAAUGCUUUAGCAGAUCAAUUAACAAGAACUCUAAUCUAUUCAGCAAUUGAAGAAGCCCAAGAAUCACAUCACAUUCAUCUCCAAAAUGCCCAGUCACUAAGAUAUCAAUUUCAAAUUCCUUGAGAAUCUACUAGACAAAUUGUUAGAAAUUGCACCAUAUGCCCUACUCAUGAAAAUUCACAUUUAUCAGGAGUAAACCCUCGAGGGCUUAAAGCCUAACGCCCUUUGGCAGAUGGAUGUAACCCAUAUUCCCAGCUUUGGGAAACUAUGUUUUGUGCAUGUUACUGUUGACACCUAUUCUCAUGUGAUUAUAGCUUCAGCAAGGACUGGUGAGGCUUACAAAGAGGUGAUUCAACAUCUGUUUUUAAGCUUUUCCUACAUUGGGAUACCUAUCAACUUAAAAACUGAUAAUGUCCCAGGCUAUACCUCCAAAAGCUUUGCCAGUUUUUGCAAAACUUUUAAUAUUCAUCACUCCACAGGAAUUCCUUAUAACCCACAAGGGCAAGCUAUUGCAGAAAGAGCUCAUCAAACCCUUAAAUAUCAAAUCACAAAAUUUCAAGAGGGAGACUUCAAAUAUAGUUCACCUCAUCAUAUUCUAAACCAUGCACUCUGUCAUUAAUAACCUUAAUGUUGACUCCUCAGAACACGCGGCCAUGGGAAAACAUUGGAACCCUAAUUUGUAGGAUCCAAACCUUUAGUAAAAUGGAAAGACCUGCUCACAGUUCAAUGGAAAGGGCCUGAUGUUUUAACAUGUUGGGGAGGAUAUGCUUGUGUUUUUCCACAGGACUCAGACGCCUCCGUGUGGAUACCAGAUAGACUCAUCAGACAUGUCUCGCCUGCCUCACCCGCCCCCACCUCCUCCUCCACACAACUUUCUGACCCCUCCGGAAAGUCCCCGACCGAGAAGAAACCUUGAGGAACCUCUAGUGCAGCUCUUGCAGAACCUCACACUGCAGGAGCUCCAAAGACCUCGCCGUCGGUAUCCAGUUCCUCCACAGCGGCUGUUCGCGACAUCAACUCGAUCCUCUUCAAGCUCUUAAAGAACAGCAUCCAGAAGUUUGCAGCCGAGCUGCAUACCUUCAAAUUAAAAUAUAAAAAAAGGGGGAGAUGCCGGGAGCCAACCUACGCCGCUUGCCUGAUGGCACAGCCCAGGAGGCCGAUGGACAGAUGCCACACAGCGGACCUCCAAAAGGAAGGCUACUGAUAUCUCUUCUAUUGCUUAAAUUGACCAUUUCCCCAGUCCAAACAGCCCUCGUGAAUCAGAAAAUGCCCCCUGGAGAAGAGGACUGUUAGGAACAGUAGAGCAAUCAUAAAAACCCAAACCCAGCUUGUGAAACAGGAUAGUUCCCUUAUCUAAAGAGAGAAUGAAGCCCUACACAUUCCCCCAGAUGGGUGGGAUGUUAUCCCUGGGCUGGGAAAUAGAAGAAAGUUCAGGUGAAUCCAGGGUACAGCUCCCAGGCCAACUUGGCCCCCAGGAGAAACAAGAGAUGACCUACAUGGGGUGUGGGUCAGGAAAGCAGGUGGAAAAAUCUUGGUAGAGUCCCCUUAUGAAUCAUUACUAUAGAAAUUCAGUAAGCAUUGUUAUACUCAAAAUCAACAGAAUGAAUGCUGCUUAUUCUUCUGUAAACAGUUUAAGGGAAUUAUGGAAAAAAUCUGCCCCACAGCAAGCCUAGGUGGCAGUCCGGUUGAGCAAGUUUUAAGUUAUUGUGGUGCCUUUAACCUGAGAUUAGAAUCUAAAACUAUGAGAGCAACAGAAAAAUCUUGAGGAACAAAACAUGAUGACCUUUCAUGGUUAGGAAAGCAGGGGAUAAUUCCGAGAAGUAGAUUAUGCCAUAAAUCACUGAAUGACACAUGCCUUAUGAUGAUUUUAUGAUUUUUUUGUAACCAAUUCCUUAUAUAUUGCUUGAUGUUUCUGCCAAUAAACAGGCCAGUUUAGCAAC